AUGGCAGCCACCACCCGGAAGCCCGAGAACGCAACUCUGGUGCUUGUGCGAGUUGAUGCCGUGGCCCCGCCCUCAGCAUGCUCUAGUUCCUCGCCGCCAGCCCUGGUAGGAGGCGCGACUCCGGCACUGCCGUUGCCGCGCCGCGCCGCCGCCGCUGCUGCUUCCACUGCCGCUGUUCCUGCUGUUCCUGCCACGAAUGCUGCUGCUGCCGACACCGGCCACGAAUGCAAAAACAAUCCUUUUCCCCCGUUGUCAUCCCCUUCAUCUCCGCAACAGCCACGACCUGCUCCGCACACUCUUCACUCCUUCGGCGCCCGCCCGAAGCACCUCUCCAGGUCCCAGUCAUCACCAACCAUAUCCACAGUCGCCGCCUCGAGCCCCCCAAUCAGCAACAAGAUGCGCGGACUCCAAUUGUUCGGCGUCAACCGCCGAGCGACGGACGUGCUGGCCGAGACCGGGAAGAAGCCCGCAUUCGCCGUGGUCAGGAGAGGGAGGAUGGCAUCCGUGGAGGACCUGGCGCCCUGGCAGCUAGUGGACGGAGAGGAAAGGGAGAGGCGGGAGCGCAGUCUCGAGCGGAGAACAGUCGUCAUCAAACCCGACCCGGCCGAUGACAGCAGCCCUCCUUACACCAGGGAGGAGGCCCGUCGCAUCAGGCACGGCAAGCGGAGGGCGGAGGGAUGCGCGUGCUGCGAGGAGGAAGAGAAGCCUGGCACCAUGAUCCCCGUCACCGUGGAUGGUGUGCAUGGCUCGAUUUCGCAGCGUGUUCGGGCAUGGGUUAAUCGGACAUCAUCGACGUCUUCGUCGGUGGCGGACGACCAGAAGAGGAGGAGAAACGGUGUGAUCGAGGAGGGCAUCGUUGUUGAUGGUCCGGCAGCAAUGACGGCAGCGCGAAAGGGGUCGUUGGCGGGCCAUGAUGAUGACAUGAACCCACCAUCUCCCUUCGGCGUGAUCGAGUGGCACGAGAGAAGACGACCGUCACGAGAUUCAGCUGCCGUGACCUCUGGCUCUGAAGCAGACGACGACUACGACUACGAACAGCAGGACACACUGUCGUUGGAUCAUCCCGCUGAUAUAACUCAAUGCACCGGCCCUGCCGCUGUUGUUGUCGCCGAGAAAAAGCAUGACCAACAACCAGCUCCUCUUUCUCCCCAGGCCUCCACCCCCACCACCGCAAAAAGUGCCAUCAGGCCACUGAAACGGCAAUCCACGCUGGAAAGCAUCAUCCAGAAAGUCCCGUUCCUGCACCACCACCACCACCGCCGUGACAACUCGGAAAAGUCGUCAACAACAGCAGGAUCAGUCCACCCACCACUCGUCACCCAACUCCACGACAACGACAGCAGCUCCGUACCAGGUACCAUCGACUGCUCCACCAAGCCGUCCUCAGCCUGCAUCUCCGAAGACGCCGCCGCCGACAACAGCAACAACAACAAACAACGAGCCUCCUACCCUUUGGGUCUGCAAAAAUGGUUCGCGCAACCGCACACGCGCCGCGCGCAACGCGCCGCCAUCGACUCGCCAGAGGAGUUUUUUGACCUGCUCUGGCAAAAGUACCCUCUGCUCUUCGCCAACCUGGCCGAAGUCCAGAGUUAUGUGGAUUGCCCGGGCCCUUCAGACAAGCUGGAGCGGCUCGCCGACAAUUCCCGGCCGCAGCUGGCGCUGAACGCCGACGACGCGCUCGACGAGACCGAAGAGCGGUCGGCGGAGGAGCGCAGAGAGCGCGUGAGAGCGCUGUUGCACGAGGUGCAUGAGAUGUGGGUGAAUGGCGCGUUGGUGGAUUGGGCGAAGCACAAGGGGUGGCGGCUGGACAUGGAUGCGUUGGAAUGGGAGUUGAAGAAGAAUGGUGGCGGUGGUAAUGCGGCUGGUGGUGGUGGGACGAAGGCGCAGAAGAAGGAAAGGAAAGAUUCGAGUCAAGAGCAGCACACGGCCGAGGGCAGUCAUGGCUUGAAGAAAAUGAUUGACGGGGUGGGUAGGAAAGUUGGAGGCGUGUUUACGAGGACGAGAUCAGGGCUGACGGCGAGGGUCGGCAUGGGUGGAGGCUAA